AUGGCGGAUUUGGAUGAGUACCGCUGUUUUAUUGGUGGUCUCUCAUGGUCAACUACUGACAGAGGCCUAAAAGAUGCUUUUGAAAAGUUUGGCAACGUUACCGAGGCUAAGGUAACUUGUGGUGGCAUGUUAUGACCUUCUCUCUCUCUCUCUCUCUCUUGAUAGUUGCAUUAUUCGUUUAACUAAUAGAGUUUAUGUAUGUGCAUGACUACUAAAUUUUCUCCAUUCAAUGCUUAUUUUGUUGGACUCAAUUCUAUUCAGUACCAAAAACAUUACUUCAUAUUUAAUGAAUUCCCUUCUCUAUCUGUCUGUAUUUCCUGCGAAUGACCUUCCUGUUUGAAUUCCGUACAUGGAUGUGGUAGGACAAGUGAUUGCCAUACACAUAUUUCUUCUCUCUGCCAUGUGUAACGCCAUGAACUGGCAACAUGAUGUUUUUUUUUCUUCAGUGAAAUUAUUUUCGUAUGUAUAUUUUGUUUUUUGGGACCUUGGAAGAAGGGAUAAUAUUUAACAUCAUCCAAGAUCUACCAUUAUCAAUUCAGGGCCUGGGAACUUAUUGCUUUUUAUUUUAUCAGUUAUCUAUGAGAGCAUAACCCACCCUGAUCUAAUAGCCCUUUUUUAAUUUAUCUUAAUGGUAAUUUUUCUUGAUGGAAUAUUCGGCGGCCACAGGUGGUCAUGGAUAGGUUUUCCGGCCGUUCUCGCGGAUUUGGCUUUGUCACUUUUGACGACCGGAAAGCUAUGGAAGAGGCAAUUGAAGAGAUGAACGGCAUGGAUCUGGAUGGCCGUUCAAUUACCGUGAACAAAGCCCAGCCCCUGGCUCCCAGGGAUCACCGUGAUCGGGACCGUGAUUCCGACCGUGGCGGCCGUGACCGUGACCGGGACCGUGACUAUGGUGGUGGACGCACAGCCAACAACGGAGAAUGCUUCAAAUGUUCCAAACCGGGGCAUUUCGCCAGGGAAUGUCCCUCCGGCGAUGGCGGGGGACGCCGAGACUAUUAUGGUGGGAAAGAAGACAAGUAUGGUGAUGGCGCCAGCGGAAACGGCCGUUUCGGUCCCGACCGCGGUGGGGAUCGUUACAGCGGGCGCAGCGGAUCGGGCAGCGAUCGGUACAGCCGUGACCGAUCUGGGCCAUAUGAGCGCCCCAGUGGAGGAGGGGGAGGCUACCGCUCCUGA